GGCCUACGUGGCAGCCGCUGGAUCCGCCGCCGAGGGCGAGCAGCGAGGCCGGUUGGUCACUUCCUGUGGAGGCCGCACGGGCGCGGGCGCCGAGUAGGCCGAGCGAGCGAGCCAGCCCCGAGCCCCCGCCGCCACCAUGGGCCAGAACGACCUGAUGGGCACGGCCGAGGACUUCGCCGACCAGUUCCUGCGUGUCACCAAGCAGUACCUGCCCCACGUGGCCCGCCUGUGCCUCAUCAGCACCUUCCUGGAGGAUGGCAUUCGCAUGUGGUUCCAGUGGGGCGAGCAGCGCGACUACAUCGACACCACCUGGAGCUGUGGCUACCUGCUGGCCUCCUCCUUCGUCUUCCUCAACCUGCUGGGCCAGCUGACCGGCUGCAUCCUGGUGCUGAGCAGGAACUUGGUGCAGUACGCCUGCUUCGGGCUCUUCGCGAUCAUCGCCCUGCAGACAAUCGCCUACAGUAUCCUGUGGGACUUGAAGUUCCUGAUGAGGAACCUGGCCCUGGGUGGAGGCCUGCUGCUGCUCCUGGCGGAGUCGCGGUCGGAAGGGAAGAGCAUGUUUGCGGGCGUGCCCACCGUGCGGGAGAGCUCCCCGAAGCAGUACAUGCAGCUGGGCGGCCGCGUGCUGCUGGUCCUCAUGUUCAUGACCCUCCUCCACUUCGACGCCAGCUUCUUCUCCAUCCUGCAGAACAUCGUGGGCACAGCCCUGAUGGUCUUGGUGGCCAUCGGCUUCAAGACCAAGCUGGCAGCACUGACGCUGGUGGUGUGGCUCUUCGCCAUCAACGUGUACUUCAACGCCUUCUGGACCAUUCCUGGGUACAAGCCCAUGCACGACUUCCUCAAGUAUGACUUCUUCCAGACCAUGUCCGUCAUCGGGGGCUUGCUGUUGGUGGUGGCUCUGGGCCCAGGAGGCGUGUCCAUGGACGAGAAGAAGAAGGAGUGGUGA